CACAACCACCACCUAGUCCACCUAACUGUAUACCUGAUUGCAGAAAGGAUGAGGAUUGCUCAUUUGGUGAAAAAUGUCAGUAUAACGGGUGUGCACUUAAGUGCAUUGCAGCACCUCCCUGUGUAGUAGAGUGCAGAUGGGAUGAGGAUUGCCCACCUGGUGAAAUAUGUCAGCCUAAAGGGUGUGGAUAUGUAUGCGUUGAAAUACAAAAACCAGGAUGGUGUCCAGUCUACUCGAGUCUUGCCUGUCAUUGGUUCUGCUAUGGUGACAAAGAUUGCUCUGGAAAUCUGAAGUGCUGUCGUCAUGGAUGUGGAAGUCAAUGCAAAAAACCCAUUCCCGAUUGAGCUGCAGCAUACAUCCCUAAGUUCACCUUGUUUACUUUGAAACAAUGAAGUCAAAUAAAUAAUUCAAGAACCUG